GGUGGGUGUGAUUAUAUAUUAAGAGAAGAUAUACACACCCACUUCCACACUCACCCACACUCCCACCCCACAUCUACACCACCCACCCACACCCACACCCUCAAUAUCAGCUUGUGCUGUGACUGUGGGCACAGGAUUUGUCGGUGGUUUUGCCGCGGGUUAUUUUGUUGCGGGUAUUGCUGUUUUAUUGGGUAUAACAGCUUGGCCUGCAACAAUAGCAGUUCUUCUAGGCACUGCAAUUGGUGGACUUGUGUGUGGUGGUGGUGCUGAUCUUCUCUUUAGAUAUUUAUCAGAAAAAAUCGUUCCUGAUGGUGAAGAUGAAAAAUUAAAUGCUCAACGUAAACUCUAUUGUGCAGCGCUUGAAACAUUCGCAUGUAAUCCUGAUAGUACGAUGAGAAACAUGCAACAAGCUUAUUAUCGAAAAGCACAAGCGACACAUCCAGACAAAUGUGAUAAUAAAAAAGUUGCUGAAGAAGAUUUCAAAAAGCUUGUGGCAGCUUAUGAAAUUGCCAAAAAUUAUCAUGAAGUAUUGGAAGAUGCAUCUGAAGUACCCGGCAUUGCCGGAAAAAAUUCAACAUUUCCUAUAUGA